GGAUGCUCCGCAUGCGCAUAUUAGAGAGAGAGAGAGAGAGAGAGAACCGCCAUUGCCGGUCGGGUGGGUUCAAAUUGAUACGGGGGGCAACUGGCAAGGCGCCAACAUACUUCAGAGUUUUGAUGAAUCCCCGAAACUCGUGCUCUCUUGGGUAGCGAGUUGUUGAAAUGGGGCGUAUCGAGCAGUUGCCAAGGUCUGUAUAUAGUUCGUUACAAUCAGGCGUGUAUCUGUUUGAUUUGACAAGAAUUGUGGAGGAAUUGAUCUAUAAUAGCAUUGAUGCAGGAUCUACCAAGGUAGAUGUUUCUCUAGAUCUUGCUUCAUGCUAUGUAAAAGUGGAUGAUAAUGGACAUGGAAUCUCAAGGAAUGAUUUACUGCUCCUUGGUGAACGAAACGCAACAUCUAAGCUCUAUCACUUGGAUGAUACUAAUGCUGGGGUUGAAACCUUGGGCUUUAGAGGAGAAACACUGAGUUCACUUUCUGACAUCUCCUUGCUAGAAGUUAGUACAAAAGUUUGUGGAAUGCCUAAUGGAUACCGUAAAGUCAUUAAGGAUGGUAAAAGCGUCUAUCUUGAAAUUGAUGACAAUAGGCAAGAAGUUGGUACUACAGUUAUAUGUCAUGAGAUAUAUCGCAAGCAACCAGUUCGAAGGAAAUACUUGUUGACCAGAUCUAAGAAGGUUCUCAACUUGAUCAAGAGAUGUGUGCUUCAUGUCGCACUUGUUCAGCCAUGGGUUGCCUUUAAAGUGGUUGACAUUGGCAGUGAGAAUGAGUUACUGUCAAUUCACCCUUCUCGAUCGCCCCUACCACUAGUCACUGCAUACUUUGGUUCAGAUGUUUCUUCUACUUUAAACAUGGUUGAUUUCUCCAAAGGGGAAUUGAAGCUUCUGGGGUAUCUUUCCAGUCCGAAUCUUGGUUUCUCAACAAAGGCUUUCCAAUUUUUCUACAUCAAUACACGGUUUGUCAGCAAGGGUCUGAUUCAUCAUCUUCUCAAUAACCUGACAGCUUAUUUCCAGUUAAAUUGGAAAAAUAAAUUUAGAUGCGGAAAUAGAACGAAGCAACCCUUUCCCUUUCAACAAACAUAUCCAGCAUAUGUUCUAAAUCUAUGUUGCCCAAUAUCGUGCUACAUGAUUUCUUAUGAAUCGUCAAAGGCAGUUUUGAAAUUUAAGGACUGGGCUUCUAUUCGAUCCUUUACUGAGGCUGCUUUGAGGCACUUUUGGGGGCAAUCGACGGAACAUCUUCUACAAGGAGAAUCCUCUGUUCAUAAGGAUGACACAUCUCUUAGCAAGGCAAACUUGGAGGAAAAUAAUGGUGUUAUGAACACCUCAGAAGAGGCAUCAGAGAACCCCACUGCCAUGGCAAAAAGGUACAAGGUUUACCACCAUAAUGAACCAGAGUCUUAUCUUAGCCCUCUCAAUGACUUCGUGUCCACAUCUAUAUUAAGUCCAUCAUUCCAUGAGAGAGUUUUGAUGAAUCCUCCAGGACAGAAAGUGAUUACAGGCACAAGUUCUCACACAUCUAAAAAUAUGAUUUCUGGAGGGUAUGGUGCUGGUGAUGCAGAUCAUGGAUUGCAAAUUCAAAAUAUAUGGCAAAAUGAUAUUAUCUUGUCAUGUGAGAGUUCUAAUGCGUCAUUGAUGAUGGAAUCUCCUCUGGAAUGGGCAGAUGAGAGCAUUGAGAAACACCAUAUAUCAAGAUUAAAAUGGACAGAAUGUUCAUCACAUGUUGAUUCAGAUAGUGAUAGUAUGAGACGAAGACGUAAGGCAUCAAGACAUGAGCAAUCUGAUUAUGAAAAAGUGAACGGAAAAUUCGCCUUGCAAUCAAACCAGAACAAGAGACUGAAACGAGCUAUUCCAGCAGCCUCCACAUGUCUCGAGGAUAUGCCAAACAAAUCACGGACGUCUUCAAGUCACAGGAAAUUUGAGGGACAGUUUGAUGGUUCCAGAACUGAAAUGGAAUGGCCUUCAUUUUCUGAAGUAAAUGAUUAUGCACAUCUUGAGUCUUGUGUUGGAAAUCUUGAUUUCUUUGGGAACAAAAAAUUGCAAGGGCAGAACUCAUCUCAUCUGCUAUCAUUCAACAUGACAAAGGAUGAUCAGACAACUAAAAGUUUGAGAAUGUUUCGAGAUGAUUUUUCUUAUCCACGCAGAGAAAGACACUCCAGAAAACAAACUUAUAGCCUGGAAUCGCCUGAUGCAUCAUCUCAGCAUGUCAAUGAUUUAGACGGCUUGUAUGAGACUAUUGAAGUGAAACAUUAUCAUAGUUCUUUAUGUUCUGAUAAUGUGGAAUUGAACACAAAAAAUUACCAUCUACAUGAUGAAUAUGGGCAUAGAUCUUUCAUGUGUAGGAGUUUUAAUGAAACAAAACAUGCAAUUGGCACAAUUGGCACUCACAAACUAGCGGAAAAUAGUUUCAAUGAAGAUUGGUUACCCAACUCAAGUAGUAAAAGUGCAGAUUUAGAGUUUUGGAGCUGGUUUGAUGUUGGGCCCAACAUUGAAAGUUUCAGGGGAAGUGCAUUGAUUUCUGGCAAGAAUGCUUCUUCUGAAAAGUAUUACUCUGUUAACAAGACAAGGGAUAGGACACUAAACCAUAAUGGUGAGGAUAAGGGUGAUAGAUAUAGCUCCGCUCAUGCUGAACACAAACAAAAAGAACCAAUGUCUCAGUAUUACGAACUUGAGCAUAUGGAUAAUGAGUGUACCCAUUAUGUUUCUAAACUGAGGACAAAGAGAAGUUGCUCAGCUCCACCACAUUAUCCUGGCAAGCGGAAGUUCUCUGUCUUGACCAGUCCUCCAGCAGCAACUGCAGCAUGUUGCAGAAGGAAAUGCUUGGAGCAGAAAUACUUUCCUCCAGAGGUGGUCAAGCAGGUUACUUUAAGCACCGGCCAUCCAUAUAUCAGAAAAUGCACUGAUGAGCAACACUACACAAACAUGAAUAAACGCAAAUUGUAUCUUGGGAAUUGUUCUUUUACUGAAGCCAUUGAAGGAACUCUUCCCACUAAGUGGAGGAAUGGGGAGCCUGAGUCCGAAGAGGAUCUUGUCAAUGAUGUUAUGAUGAUCGAAAAUAAGCACAGUGCAUCAUCUGACUGCUUGGAUGGUGUACUUAAUAUAUCAUCUGGAUUGCUGUACCUUUCCGGUAGCUGCUUGGUGCCUGAAUCUAUCAGUAAGGAUUAUCUUGAAGCUGCAAAAGUCCUCCAACAGCUUGAUAGAAAAUUUAUCCCAAUUACCGCUGGUGGAGUUCUUGCUGUUGUUGACCAGCAUGCUGCUGACGAGCGGAUUCGUUUGGAGGAGCUUCAUCAAAAUGUACUCUCGGGUAAAGGAAAGAGUAUUUCUUACUUGGAGUAUGGGAAAGAGCUGGUGCUUCCGGAGUUUGGCUUCCAACUGCUGCAGAAUUAUACUGAUCAAAUACGGCGAUGGGGCUGGAUAUGUGAUAUCCAUGCUGAAAACAUGUGCUCCUUCACAAGGAACCUGAACAUUCUCCACCAACAGGCUGUCAAAGUUACUCUUAUUGCUGUUCCUUGUAUACUGGGGAUCAAUUUGUCUGAUAAAGAUCUACUAGAGUUUCUGGAUCAGCUUGUUGAUACAGACGGAUCCUCAUCAAUCCCACCUGCUGUUCUUCGUAUCCUCAAUUACAAAGCGUGCAGAGGUGCUAUAAUGUUUGGUGACACGUUACUACCCUCAGAGUGCUCUCUCAUUGUGGAUGAGUUGAAGCGAACCUCACUUUGUUUUCAGUGCGCUCAUGGGAGGCCAACAACUGUUCCAUUAGUUAACUUGGAAGCCCUACACGAGCAGUUAAACAGACUGAACUCAUCUGGCAGUGGCGCAACAGAAUCAUGGCAUGGGCUACGUCGUUAUGAGCCAAGUCUUGAACGUGCGAAAGCACGGUUAGCUGCUGCAAGAAAUUGUGGUUGACAGAAAAUUCAUUCCCUUGAAGAGCGAUAGAGUUGCUGCAUUUGAUCGCUUCCUUUCCUUGUAAAGCCCUGUACAUAUGCUCCCAUUGCAUUUUCACCUCCGUCAAUAAAUCACUGUGCUUUGUGCCUUCACAGAACUUCUCUCCCUCUCUCUCUCUUUCUCUUUCAGACACACACGAAUUUUGAAGUGAUUUUCAACCUUCAUCAACAUAUACAACUUCAGACGGUGUGAUCGUUUUUUACUUUCAG